AUGUGCUUGUAUUUUUGCAUGGCGGCUGCUUUAGCUGCUUCUGAAACGGACACAGAGCGGCAACAACAACGGAACCCGGCCCGGCGGCCCUAUCUUGAUUCGAAAGGCAAACACCACUGUGCACUGACCAGGAAGAAAUGGGCCGAAUGGGGAGAAAGAUCGAAGGCAACACUCGUAUUAGUAUCCCUGCCCGUCAUCGCCGGGCCAGCCGUCCAUUUAGCGAUGGUUAUUUUGCUGAUGAUCGAUGUGGGAAAGUACCCGCAAGACUACAACGGCUCGGCCCAACUGAUCGUGACGGUUCUGGUCCUGGCGGGAGGCCUGAUUUGCCUCCUGGCGUUCGCUGUGAUCCCCCUAAACCUUUCCGGUGUGCGCAGGAGGAGCUACGCGCAUCUAAGGAUUUCACGUGUCUUACUGAUUCUCUUAAUCGUGCUCUACUUGGCAAGCUUCAUUGGAUUGAUUUGGCAUCAUGAUUGGAUCGGGCUAGGGAUUGGAGCGGCCAGCAUCAUCUGGAUGAGCAUCACGCUUACGCUACUGCAACGCCAUAUAAAACGAAUGCUGUUGUGCCCGGCUUGCUAU